AUGAUAGGUGAAAUUACAGAGAAAGAUCAAGCUGUCUAUACUACUUCUAAUGGAGUUCCGUAUAAUAAACAUCCAUACUCAGCACAGACAGCGGGUCCAGGAGGUCCAUUGUUGUUACAAGACUUCAACUUGUUAGAUGACAUUGCUCACUUCGAUGCAGAACGUAUUCCUGAGAGAGUUGUCCACGCCAAAGGAGGGGGAGCUCAUGGAUACUUCGAAUUGACCGAUUCCUUAUCAGACCUUUCCUAUGCAAGACCGUUUCAAAGUCCUGGAUACAAAUGCCCAGUUACUGCGAGAUUCUCUACCGUGGGUGGUGAAAGGGCAUCUGCUGAUACCAUCAGAGAUCCAAGAGGAUUUUCUAUCAAGUUGAAAACUGAUAUCGGUAACAUGGAUUGGGUAUUUAACAACACACCAGUUUUUUUCAUUAGAGAUCCUCUCAAGUUUCCUAAAUUCAUCCACACUCAGAAGAGAGAUCCUUCUACUCACUUGAAUCAGUUAUCUGAUUCUACGCAUACAUGGGAUUAUUAUACUCAGAACCCAGAAUGUUUGCAUCAAAUCACGUACAUGUUUGGUAGAAGAGGGGUUCCAAAAAGUUGGGCACGUAUGAAUGGGUAUUCGGGACAUACUUUCAAGCUUGUAAACGACAAGGAAGAGAUUACCUACGUACAAAUUCAUGUCUUAGCUGACGGUGGUUUUGAGACUGUUUCUAAUGCGGAAUCGGGACAAUUGGCUGGUUCUUCUCCUGAUCACAACAUUAAAGAUUUGUAUGAGAGAAUUGCAAAGGGUGAGAAGCCAAGUUAUACUUGUUAUAUCCAAACUAUGACUCCAAAGCAGGCAGAAGAGUUCCGUUAUUCUAUUAAUGAUUUAACAAAAAUUUGGCCACAUAAAGAGUUCCCAUUAAGGAAGUUUGGUAAAAUUGUCUUGGAUCAGAACCCUGUUAAUUACUUCUCGGAGAUUGAGCAAGUAGCUUUCUCUCCAUCACACUUGGUACCAGGAAUUGAGCCUUCCAACGAUCCAGUUUUACAAUCCAGGCUUUUCUCAUAUUCUGAUACUCAUCGUCAUAGAUUAGGUGUCAAUUAUCAACAGUUGCCUGUGAAUAGGCCAUUGACCUUUGAAAGGGGCUCAGGAUGUCCUUUCAUGGCCGGCAACUUCCAAAGAGACGGAUUUGCUGCGUAUGAAAACCAGGGAGUGAGGCCAAAUUAUAUCAGCUCUCUCUCUCCCAUCAAUGCAACUUCUGAGAAUCCAAAGGACUACAAGAAUGGUUUACCUCCUGUAGUGGAUAGUAAAUUCUUAGGAGUUGUUCCCAAAGAAUCAGAGGAUAAGUUUGAGAUACUCCAGAAAGAGCGCAGCAAAAAGGCUCAUGAAGAGAAGAUUUGGCUCAAGUCUUACGAUUACAUUUCCGGUUUCAGUGAGCUUGAUGUCGAACAGCCUAGAGCAUUGUAUCAAAAGGUUUAUAAUGAUGAUCAGAAAGCUGAAUUUGUUGAAGCAGUUGUUGGACAUGCAUCAACAAUUAGCGUAAAUGAAGUCAAAGAAAAGGUGCCAUUAUUGUGGGGAUUGAUCGAUAAAGAGCUUGGAGCUAAGGUUGCAAAAGGGUUAGGUGUUAAAUAUGAUCCUUUGACAAUUGAGCAAUAUAUCGAAAGGGUUCGUGCUGCUCCAGCAUAUUAA